AGCCCGGAGCCACUCGCCGCCCGCCCGUCCCCGGCAGCGGCUGGGGGCCGGAGCCCUGCCCCUCGCCAAGCGGCUCGGCCGGCUGGGGCUCGCCCCCGGGCUGCAGAGGGUCCCGCUGGGCGCUGGAAGGGGGCUCGGAGGCGGCUCCCCGCACCGGAGCCUCCCGUCCCGGCUGAGCAGCUGCGCCGGGGAGCGCGCCAGGCGGGGCGCAGCGGCCCGGGCGAUGCCCGCCGCCGGAGGCCGCCUGCCCUGAGCCCUUAUGGAGCCCAACCUCACCGCCGGCGGGGCAGCCAACGCGUCCGGCCGGGCGGCGGGCUCGGGCGGCGGCGAGCUGCUCGUCACCUCCGCCUUCGGCGCGGUGCUGUCCUGCAUGUGCGUGGCCGGCGUGGCGGGGAACCUGUACACCCUGGCGGUGAUGUGCCACGCCGCGCGCUGCGCCGCCCCCAUGUACGGCUCCAUCAUCAGCCUGGCGCUGGCCGACCUGCUCUACCUCUCCACCAUCCCCUUCGUCGUCUGCACCUACCUGGCGCAGGACUGGUACUUCGGGGACCUGGGCUGCCGCGUGCUGCUCAGCCUGGACCUGCUCACCAUGCACGCCAGCAUCUUCACCCUCACCCUCAUGUGCGCCGAGCGCUACCGGGCCGUCGCCCGGCCCCUGGACAGCCUCAAGCGCUCCCGGGGCUACCGCAAAGCCGCGGCCGGCGCCGUGUGGUCCGUCUCCCUGCUGCUCGCCCUGCCCAUGAUGCUGAUGGUCACGCUGACCGAGGCGGCCCAGGCCGGGGGCAAGGUGAAGCGGAUGUGCGCCCCGACCUGGAGCGCCGACGCCUACAGGACCUACCUGACCGUGCUCUUCAGCACCAGCAUCAUGGCCCCGGGGGUGAUCAUCGGCUACCUGUACGCGCGCCUGGCCAGGACCUACCUGGAGUCCCAGAGGAACCCGCCCCACAAGGAGGGCAAGAGGUCCCCCCGGCAGAAGGUGCUGAUCAUGGUCUUCAGCAUCGUGCUGGUCUUCUGGGCUUGCUUCCUGCCCUUCUGGGUCUGGCAGCUGGUGCGCCUCUACCACAGCUCCCUGCAGUUGACUUCUGAGACCCAAAAGUGCAUUAACUACCUGGUGACCUGCCUGACCUACAGCAACAGCUGCAUCAACCCCUUCCUCUACACCCUGCUCACCAAGAACUACCGGGAGUACCUGCGCAACAGGCACCGCAGCUUCCACCGCUUCACCUCCUCCUUCCGCAAGCGGAGCUCCAACCUGCAGCGCUCCUGGGGAAGGGCCAUGUCCUCCAGCAACCCGUAUGACUACGGCUCGGAGUCCCUGGGCAUGGCCACGCUGAAGGACAAGUGAGGAGGGAGAGGGGCUCCAGACAGGUGGGAACCAGAGGAAUGUCUGUCCAAGGUAAGCGUUAAGGGCCCCAUAAAGCCAAGGUACCGCUGGGAACUGGCUCUCUGGGUACUUCCUUACAUCUUGGGCAAACUCCUUCCAAGCUUUGUCUAGCUCCCGCUCCGCACUUGUUUUACUUUGGUUCUGUGGUACUACAAUGAUGCCCAGGCUCCAGGACUAGAAACCUGGCAGUCUGAAAUCUCCCUUGUCCUGUCCAUAGUACUGUUAACUGUUCAGAAUGUGUCUCAGGAAACUUUUAAAGACCCUUUCCUAUUUCAUCGUAAACUUCAACUCUCUUUUAUACAGUAGAGUGUUCUUCUGCACUUUGAUCAAACUCUUCUCAUAAGUGGGGAAAGGCUGUAUGGGUACAUUCAUUGUGGCGACGUGGCCAACCCCAGUCAUGACAAGCUCAUGGGCCAAGCCCUCUGGCAUCAUGAGAUUGUCUUAAAAAUCAGGUGAAAUUGAAUGAGAAAACAUUUGGGGUUCUUUUUAUUGGUCUCCUGGUUGUUGCUGCUGCUGUUGGGUUUUGUUUUUCGUUUUCUUCCUUAGGGAUCGGAUUUUCAAG